AUCAUUUAAAUUGAAGUAAAAAAAAAAAUACCACAUUUUCGGUUGUGCCCAGAAAAGUAGUAGAGGAGAAAUCUUCCAAUGGGGAUACUAGUUCUGGGGCAUACUGACAACUCAUGGGGCCCCCGGGCAAUAGGGGAUCAUGGGGCCCCUGUGUCCUUGCCCACACUCAAAGCACACCCAUAAAAGCCUAUAAAAAAGGUGCCAGGGGCAUUUCAUGGGGCCCCCUACUGACCCUGGGCCCUCGGGCAGUGCCGAGUGCUCAAAUG